CCGCGCGCAGUGCCGCCGUCGUGACGUCAUUGAGUCGUUCUCGCCUAUUCUAUGGUUCCGUGUUGGCGUACUGACCGUUCGACAGGCGAGCCCUUUUCGCGCUUUUGGAAUUAGCGUGCUGUAAGCAGACUACAUAUCAGUUCUGUAGUUUUGCACAACCAGCAGCCAUCGGUGCCGGGUCCUGGGCGUCAAGUUUGUACUGCCACGCAGCUACAGCCGGCGUUUGAAUACUCUCGGCAUGGGCUCAUCAGAGUCGGAGGCAGCGCAGCAAGGCAUGUUCAACGCAAAGGGUGUUACGCUUAUAAUAGAGGCCGUCAACGGACUCGUGAAAUCGCCAGAGCCAGAAAUCCGCAUUCUCAAUACGCCAAAGAUCAGCCUGAGCAACAUGAAGUCCCGUAUCGACGCAGCGUUAAUGGUGUCGGCUGGGUCGUCCAAUGCCAACCAGCAGCCGCGUCCUUCCGAAGAAGACGCGGCGGCGUCGCCAGGUCCGUCUCGGCGCAGUGGCAGGACGUCCAUUCCUCGCGAACAAUCAGCUCAGCCGGCGCCCAAGAAGGCCAGAGUAGAUCGCCCCGAGCCGCAGAGUGAGCCCAAAACCGGCAGCGACACUCCGCGAUCGCUCCGCAGCGGGCGCAGCUAUGUGAAUGAUUCGCCGACUGCUCUGAAAACGACUAUCGUGCUGACCAAAAAGACUGCGAACGCCGGCGCUGCGACACCGGCGACUGCUAAGCACACAGCAGCAGUAGUGGAAGAGCCUGCUGCACCAGAAGCAUCGGCGCCGACACCGGCGUCACCGUCGCCACCGCAAGUGCAGAAGCCCGCCAAGCAAGCCACACAAAAGGCGGGUUCCUCGAGCUCGCGGUCAAAGCAAGACCUGGCAGAGCCACUUCCUGACCUCUGGCACAUCUCGCCCAAGAUAGCGGAAGAAAUGAAAAGUAUUGCAUUCCGACAUUUCCAUUUCUCCAUCUGACUGAGCGCGUGCCGAGCUUUCAAGGAUUUUAUUUCUUUCGUUUCGUUUCUAAGUGCCGAAUGUUCUUGUCCUCAUACUCGCUGUCGUUUGUAAUGCGGCUUUUGAAAAAAAGAAAAAAAAAAAAACUUUCACUGGCCCAGCUUGGGUUUUAGCAACAUUCUGCCCCCGACCGUGCACAUGUGUUUAUUUCAUUUCACGUCAGCGGUUUUAAAUACCCAAGUAGGUGACUGAGAUUUCAUGCAAACGUUUUGGAGUAGGCGUGAACUCUCUCAGCCGCAUUUGUAAGGAAUUUUGAAGAAAAAUAAAAUGCACUGGAAGAAGGAGGUACAAUGUUUUAUAUCAGUUUAGUCACAAAUACUGUAAUCGAUUGAUUUGGAUGUAUGAGCAGUGUUGAGCCUAAUGAAGCAGAAUUUAGUGUUCAUGGAAUCUGAGUAAGUACAAAGAAUUUCACUGCUUGGCUUUACUCUCUGGCUUCAUUUUACAGUCUUCCGUGAUAUAUUCAUGCAGAACUUCAGUUUCAUUGCAUCAAGUGCUCAGAAUAGCAGAUGCUCAGCUAAUGCUCUCGCAGCAAUGUGACAUGCAGUUAAGUCUGCAAACAAAAAUGUGUGGGAUUGGUACGGUGUGUACUAAAGAAGCUUAAUCAACAAAAAGUCUGUGCAGCAAUAUGCAAUCCAAGACGUUUCAUCAGGUUUCAGAUUUUAUGGUAGUAUGUAUUCACAAGUGGGGCUCGAGCAUUUCAAUUUUUCUCAUUGUGUUGGUGUGAUGUUACAGGGCACAAUAUGCCAUACAUCAAUAUGGGGACAUAUUCUGAAACCUUCCACUUCAGCGAUAGUUCGCCUAGGCGACAAUUUCGCCUUCAGGUGCGCGCUGAUUGGCUGGUUAAGCAAAAUUGAAUGACGUUGGGCUCAACCAGCCAAUCAGCGCGCGCCUGAAGGCGAAAUUGUCGCCUAGGCGAACUAUCACCGAAGUGGAACGUUUUAGAAUACGCCCCCUGAUGGCUGUAACAGUAAGGUGGACUCUUGUGGCUCUAGCAACAUGUGCUACUUUGUCACACUCUGAAAAUGAUUGGCAGUUGUGCUUGAAUGGUACUGAUGCAAACUGUUGCUCAAGUGAAUGUUAUGUUUUAAGUUUCUCAACAAAAGUCACAUAUUACUGACCCUUGUGCACAGGUCAAUAAAUGGUGUGUGUGCUAGGGUCAAAUACAUUAUAUAUAUAUAACUGCGGACAGUCGCACACCUGAAACUUGACUGCUUUUGCAACUGUUCAUAUUUGCUUACGUAAGUUGUAUCUGCUUCUCUUGCAUGAUGUGCUGCAUUGUGGUGCUUUUUUAUUUUUUUAACAGGUGUAUUGUGAGUACAUGUUGAAUAAUCUUGGCACAGGUUAGCUUCUGUCUUGUGAAAACCAAAGCAGAAAAUAUGAGCCUGUCAUUAAGAUGUUGCAGGCACCAAGGCAGCACACUCACUGAUAACGGGUUAAGUGUAUGUCUAGAUAUGCCAGCAUGUAAAUGCAGUAGUGAUGUCAUGAAGGUGCUAUUUUCACUUCUUUUGUGUGUAUGACCCAGUACAGCAUACCAUGGUUCAGUUAUUAUUUUUUUUUUUUGCACAUGUAGCAUUUUAUUGUAACCAUAAGUCAUUGUUACACAUUGAGUUUGUGGUAUACGAUGUAAUCAAUUUAGGUCAAGUGGUGGCUCUCGUGGUCAUGGGCUGGCAGCUGUUCAGUGUAUUAGAUAACUUCAAAGUUGAUGCUGUCCUUUAACAAAAAUGAUGCCCACAAGAAUGAAAGGAUAUAAGGUGUCCUGUUAACGAUGCAUGUGGUAAUUAUAACCAAAUAUUUGUACAGCUGAAUGCUUGUGAAGGGGUAAUAAAGAAAAAUAUUACAUUGAGGUAGUGUGGUAGAUUACACUUCUGGAAAACCAUAUAGGUGGCAUUUGCAAAACUAGUGGAGGCCUUCAGUAUUAUGGAAAAACAACGGCAAAAUAUGGUGCUGAUGCUCAGAAAGAAUCCAAAUACAAUAAAAGCAUUGCUAAACCUGCAACAUGUUACCUAGCAGUGGACAUUUGGCAUGAAAUAAAAAAUGAAACUGACUUUGCUAAUAAGCUUUCUUCACAGAACAUCUCCAGUUAGUUCUGAAAGAGUUACCUACUACUGUAGCUUUAUCAAGUAUCUCCCUUUAAUGUUACUUUGAAAAGUGAGUGCUAUGUUUUGUAAAGGUUGAGAGUAUUUUAACUGAAGAUGAACUUGUUGAACCACAUAGUUGGACUUUCCUGUGGUUGUCAACAUAAUAGUGCUUUAACUGGUGCUUGCUUUGGUGUCCUUCUAAAAGGUGUUCUGCAUACACUAUUUGCAGGGUGACAGAAUUACUGUGCCUUCGAGUUAAAUGGGUACUGACAUAUUUUAGACAUUUCAUUUCUUGUGUUUAAUUAAAGUCCUAUUAAACCCGAGAAAAAUAGUGACAAGUCUCAGAGCACUGUAAAUAAUUUAAUGUGAUAGCUUUUCUACAGCAAGGUUCAGAUUUGUUUCCCAGAAGGAUAUAGUGUUGUCACAUUUUGACACCUGCUCUGACUCGCUCAGUUGCUUCGUAUGCUGCCACUCAUUGUGAAAGCCAAUGUAGCAGACAAUGGACGACCAAGUGAGCCGGAGUGAGUGUCACAAUGUCGCCCUGUCCUGCUUCCAUGUGACCACAUACUUGCGUCAUGACGUCACAACUUGGUAUAAACGAUGCUGAACUGCCUGUUGGAAACCUAUUAAGUUAUUUAGAAUGCUGGGAGACUUGACAGUACUCUCUGUGGUGUUUAGCGGUACUGGACCUUCAUUGAAAGCAAAACACACACAAAAAAAAAAAGGCGGACAUAUUGUCAGUACCCCUUUAGGUGAAUACUAUCUGUGUGUGGUGAUACGAGUGCCUUAAAGGGGCCCUGAAACACUUUUUGAACAUGGUAAAAAAACAUUGCGAAUGUUUAAACGAGGCUCCUAUGAACAUGUGAGCCAAAUCAUUAUUGUACUGCAUGCAGCAGGGAAUUUACAUACUUGUGUCAAAAGUAGUGAGCAAGCAGUUGCUUGCUCUUGCAUCCGCAAUGUUGUCAUCGAAAGCAGUUGGCCCAGCAAUGCGCUAUUGGCUGAUUUUACAAUCGUGAGAACAUUAUCAGUAAUACAUAAUUGCUAAUUUUGAGUUAAGUAAAUGAAAAAUGUAUAUGUCUGCGACCUCAAAAAGACAGAGAAAUCAUUUUAUCUUUGCACUGCGCGUAGCAGCGUCCUGCGUAGCGUAAUCUACCGUGGCCGCCACAUGGUGCCGUGACACUCAACUUUUGGCCGGGGCUUUGCCCUCUUGGCUUCUCCGCUGUGUAGCUUCCAGCAUGCUAGCAGAGAUGAAAAGAGAGAAAGCCAGGUAUCGGUGCGAUGACUCCAUUUACAGUUGAAGGAUGGCGAAAAACUUUAGCAGCGCAAGAUUCGUGAGCCGUCGUACUAUAAUAGUGAGGCCAUGAUUAGUUGAAAAAGUGUGUCAGGGCUUCUUUAAAUUUUAGUACAACCAGUGCCUUUCAGGUAUAAUUCCAACAUUUCAUGUUCUUUUUACCAUGUUGUACCAGUGUUUAUAAUGGGUAACACUGUUUGUGAAGUGUGUUUAUAAAGUCAAUGAGCACAGCUGCAUUUUAUGUAUCUCUCAUCCUGAUGUUUGAUUUGCUGGGUCACAGUGCUUAGUGUGCACAGGAGCAUGCAGUAUUGACACAUUUGGGAGCUGAGAUGCAUUCCAAGCAGAAUAUCUGUAUACUACAAGCAGACGUAUUAUCUUUUUCUGCCAUUGUACUUUUAUUGUUCUGGCAUUUUGAUGCAUCAUUUUCACUUUUACACCAACUUUAAAGGAACAAAAAAUAAACAUAAUUGCACAGUU